UCUCUUGUGUUUCACAAAUUUUUUUGCAUUUUGGUAUACAUUCCUAUUAUUCGUCAUAGGAAUCGUUAAAUUUAUGAAAUAAAAUGAACCAUUGCAAAAGAUUUCGAAAAUAAAAUAAACUUAAUUUAAAAACCAAUUCCAGCUACACUCAUAUCAUGUGAAGAGAAAAUUUUAUUGUCAUUUAUUGUUGGUUUUAUAAUUUUGGAAACAGAUGAUCGUUUUUAGCCAAAAUUUUUUCAACAAUUCUUUUCUAAAUCAAGUGUGCUAAGAAAAAAUUCUUUAUAUUGAUUUUACUUGAUUAUUAUUGCACAGAGACCAACUUGUGUUUUCAUUUGUGCUUGUCUAUUCAUUUCGAACAGUUAAAUAAAAAUGUCAAUUUUGUCUAGAAUUACUUUAUUGCAAUUAUAAUGUUCGAGUUGAUCCCAUUUUUGAUUUUCUUCUCAUUCUGCACACACUGUUGGAUAUCCUGUUGACAAGCAAAAUCACUUAGGCUGGCAACAUGGUUACAUUUUCAUAUUUAAGUUUGAUGUUAUUCUGAUGUCAAUAUGAAUCAAUCCCAGUGGAUGUCACCUUAAUUCACCACUUAUAUAGUUAGAUUUUAACAGGUUUCAGAUAAAAACAGCAUUUGUAUUGAAGCGAUCAAUCAGAUCAGACCUUUUAAACAAAGAAUGAACAUGUUUCGAAAAGGUAAAUCAAUUUGGUUUGACCGAUGGCUGCUUCUUCAACUAUUAUUCGUCACUAACUUGCCCGAGAAAAUAAUCACCGGUAGUGAAUCAAGUGAAUUCAUCGAUUCUAAUAUAAUGGUCAAUGAUGGCCAAAGCAUCGAUAAACACGAGCAGACAAGAAUGGCCGAAUGUCAUUUACGUCCAGUUAUUCAUAUUCUACAACGAGCUGGUUGUAUUCCAAAACCAAUACCUUCGUUCGCUUGCUAUGGAACAUGUAAUUCCUAUGUACAAGUUUCCGAUUCUAAAUUUUGGCGAUUGGAACGUUCAUGCAAUUGUUGUCAAGAAAUCGGUGAACGGGAAGCAUCGGUCAUGCUUCAUUGUCCUGGCCAGACGCCUCAAUAUCGUCGAGUGACAACCCGGGCUCCAGUUGAAUGUCUAUGUCGACCAUGUUCAGCUGUUGACGAACAGCAGGUGAAACCAUUAGAGAUGUUUCUUCAUAAUCAUCAAUUUAAUUCCAAUUUGCCAUCCGCGCUGAAUGUGAAUGAAAAUGAGAGCAGUGGCCAGCGAAUUAAUCGUCGAAUCAAUCUUCAUGCCCGUGGUUAAAUCCACCAUCGUAGUCGAUCAAAUUAUUUGUUUUAAAAGAAGAAUAAACUUGAUUUGAUCAAAAUUCUUUAGCUGGUAUUCUAACACAUUGACAUUUCAAUGCUAAUUCUAAAUAUUUCUUUAAUUGGAAUUGUAACUGUUUUGAAUAAUCAAAAUAAAAAUUCAACAUCUAAUUAGUCAUUUGAUAUUUUUC